AUUUGAUCUAAUGGCUCAGCUAGAUUACAACAACUACAAGGUGGCAUGGAUUGCCCCGCUCGAGAUCGAAACUCUGGCAGCAAAGUACAUGCUCGACGAUGUCCACACGGGCAGAUUCCCAGUACGAGAGGGUCAUGACUACCCCUUGAUCGCAGGUCGCAUGUGCGGACACAACGUUGUCAUCGCCAGCUUUGCCCUUGGGCAAGACUAUGGUACAGAGCAAGCUGCCGGUCUCGCUGGCCAGUUGAAGCUUCUAUUCCCCAAGCUUUGGUUUACGCUACUAGUUGGUGUCGCAGCAGGGCUUCCAAGCCCUCGACGAGACAUCCGUCUUGGAGAUGUUCUCGUUGCAAACUCCGAAGAUGAAGUCCCUGCUAUUGUGGCUUACCAUCUCGGCAAAGAAACAUCCGAGGGACUCAAGCUCCUCCAUGGUGGACGAAGCCAACUUCCUACGAACCCCGUUGUGACAUCUGCUUUCUCAAAGAUCAGAAUUCCAGAUCCCAGAUGUUAUAUCAAUAGCUUCCUGGACCACUUUAAAGUCAUGCAACACAAAGAGCACUUGAGUGGAGACUUCACGGAUCCUGGUCAAUCUCAAGACGAGCUGAACGAGACGACUUCGAGUGGAGAGAGAGUCGCCAUUCUUCGGGAUCCACGGCCAGACAACAGGCGUACCAAAGUGUGGUACGGUCCAAUUGGCUCUGGUGACAAAUUGAUGAAGAAUGCCAAGGAGAGAGAUCUGUUGAGAGACAAAUACAGUCUCAUUGGUCUAGAGAUGGAGGCAGCAGGAGUCAUGAAUCGUCUUAAUGUCGGCGUCAUCAGAGGGGUAUGCGACUACGGGGACGAGCAGAAGAACAAGGAGUGGCAGCCUUACGCGGCUGCAAUGGCUGCCGCAUACGCCAAACAAGUGUUGCUUGAGAUCAGCGUUGUCCCAUCCGACACGGAUCUUCAUAUUCGAACGCCUGAGGAGGCCAGAUACAACGAGCAGCCGGGAUCUUUGAGCUCCAUAACUCAUGCCCGGAUGCGAGAUCCAGCUGUCAGAAAGCCCGGCUUACCGCCCAGUCCUGCUUCAUCAGAUAUGGAGAUGGACGCAGACCAUCAAAGCGGUGUAGGCACUCGCCUCCGAGCUUGGGCAACGGACAUUGUGUGGCCAGAGAUUCGCAAUGAAAGGCCUGCUCUAGCAUCGAAAUUUGUGAAACGCAAGAAUUUUCCAAGAUGCCUUCGGACAAACAGUUCGUUGUGGGACGCUGAAGAGAGACAGUCCCCCAUGAAGCUUCUUGUACAUGGUGUGACUGGCGUUGGGAAGAGCCAAAUCUGUCUGCAAGCAAUUGCUGAAAAUGAAUCCAGAUUCAGGGCGGUCUUCUAUGUUGAUGCCAGCAGUAGAAAGUCGGCAAACAGUAGCUACCUUGCCAUAGCUGGAGUCAGCGGAACAUUGAUAGACACGUCGGGCAGCAGCUCCGAUGAGAACAUCUCUCAACAGAUUUCACGCACGAGAUUCUGGAUGAGCAACCUCGAAGAACCAUGGACUCUCUUCAUCGACAAUGCCGAACCCUCGGUGGCUGCCAAUCUGGAUGACUAUCUUCCUCGUCAAGGCUGUGGCGUCAUCAUUAUUACGACUAUCGACGGACAGGUCGCUUCGUCCUGCGAUAUUCACGAAAACAUCGCCCCUAUGGAAUCAUGGGAUGCCAACGAGCUAAUCCACAACUUUGUGGAUGCCACAAAGGACUUCAGUGAAGACGAGUGGGAGGCGAUCGAAUCCUUGGCCUCUGAAACGCUUGGGGGGCUGCCGCUCGCUAUCGCGCAGGCUGGUUCUUACAUUGCCAACAAUCCAAACAGCCUUGUGGACUACUGCUUCGACUUCCAGCAAGCAUUUCAAACAAACCUCGGAGACCUCCCUGACUUGCCAUCGGGGAGCGGCCAGAGCAAAUCCGCCUCCCACGCGUUGGGCAUCACUAUGGCCCUUGUCGAGAACUCGCCGGAAACCAUCGAGCUUCUUCGUACGCUUUGCUUUUUUCACAAUGAGAGUAUCGCAGAACAAAUUUUUGAAGAAGCUUGGAACAACUUAACGAUAGGUUCUCCAGGGGAGUCUUCCCAGUGGGCACAUUGGGCACCUCUUGUGCCGCUUUUGGAUCCCACAAGUGCUCAGUGGCGCACACCGGGUCUCCGCAAGGCGUUCAAUACCCUAUGUCGUUAUAGUUUGCUCGUCUGCGAUGCGUCGUACUCCAGCAAGUACUCGAU